ACACCCUUUCGAGUAAUGAUAUAAACUAAUUGUGUAAUGAUCACCGUUAAUUUAGCUGCCCAAGGAGGGACUGAUACAAGGGAAUUAGCUCUCGUACAUUUGUGCACUCAGUUGUAUCACUUUAACGACGUUUGCUUUGAGCUUUUCUGGUUGACGCCUGCUUGUAAAGCUUUUGGUAUCAACUUAAUAAGCUCUGAAUGCGUAUUCAAACAAGAGAAGCCCUGCAACUGUCAAUCAGCUAAUCGACGUACUGUAGCCGUAACAAAGAACACAAAUAAGUUAGCCAUCUGCUUCGAAGACAUUUCAAGCGAUCCGCACAUCUGCGAAGGCAGAAGCACUCACCUAAAGGAAACACCAACAUCAUGUUUUACCAAGAUCCUUUCCUGCUCUACCAACAACCGCCAUUUUGUCACGGUAGUUCGAGUGCAAGAAAUGCGCCAAGCCGUUCUUCUUUCAGGAUCGACGACAUUUUGGUCCCACGUCAACCUUUCCUUGUCCCUAAACAGCCAAGUUUUCAGGAGCCUAGAUCUUCUGUUCCAAACAACAACCCGUUAAAAUUUGGUAUGCACUCGAUUCUCACACAGAGGCAGCGAGAGGAAGUUCCAAUGUUUCAAGGUGGGUUGACUAACUUUAUGCCCCAUUUUGCACACUAAAACUACUCUGCGAACCCACCUACCUCAAAAUCCCACCGUUCAACCUCCAACAUUGCAGUUUUAUAUUCAGGCACGAUAAUGUGCUAACUGAUCAAUGCUAUGCACGGUUGGCUCGACGGAGUCAAAGAAUACUCCAUUUUCUUCGUGAGCUACAAAGCUAUCAAAUGUGUUUGCUAAUUAAGCAUUCUGUACUGUUUUUGUCACACGGAACUUCUCUCAAUGUCCUUCUUGUCAAAAGUUAAAAUUAGCUGAACUACGCCUGAAACAACCUUUCUUUUGUUGUAAAAGAUUGGUAACUCAUUUGUUUGUCCUUAUUAAAUGGCGUUUUAGAAUGAAUUGUAUCCCUGGUGAAAAAUUAAAUCAGAAUUGGCGGGAAACAAUUCUUAUUGGUGUCAGUGAGAGAGACAUUUUCAGAUUGUCAGCUGCGAUUUCGAAAGAAAGGUUUUAAAUUGACAAAACAGAAAGCUAUCCUGUAAAUGUAAUCGUAGGAAUUUGAACAGAGCUCAAAGAGUUUGGGAACUUACUUCAAUUAUCCAGUGGACGUGUGUUUCUGGAAAAGAAACGGCUUAAACCAUUGCGUGUCCUCUCAGUAAAACUAGCUUUCAUAGACAUAACAUCUCUAUUGAAUCAUUAUUAAGAUAAUCUAAUGAAGCGGCAGUGAACACACACACAAAAAACGUAAUUAAGAUUAAAGGGAAAAUCCUCGAUUUUUUUGGUGAAUUUUUUAAUACCACAUGGUAAAAAGGAACUUGAUAACACGGGAAAUCUAGUGUUUCGAAUUCAGGCACUUACAUUAAAUCAAAUAUAAAGAAAAAAAAAUGACAAAGAAAAUGUCGCUGUAAAACCUUAUCGGUCGACAAAAUCCCAAGUUUAGUUGACACCGAAAAUGUGCCUGAAAUUUAACCGUUUGAAAUGAAGAAACGGAUAUACCAAAACUUGUCGAAACUAAUCAUAGAUUUUUAAUCAAAGCGAAAAAAUGCACUCAGGAUUUAAGACCUUUAGAUUCAGGUUAUCAGCACUAUUUCCAUUCACUGAGUAAUAUAAUAAAAGUAAAACAGAAUCAUUGAAACAACAACAAAAAAUUGUCUUUGUUGACUUGAAAUAAGAUGCUUUCGAGCCGUAAAAUGAUCUGGAAAAUUUGGGAUUUUUUUCUUUUAAGGUGUGGAAUGACUAGUUUGGUAUUUGUCAGAAAUCAGAGGAAAUUUUAAAGACGGACAAACUCUCUGCAAACUGUGAAAAACCUUGAAUUCAAUCAUGUUGUGUUCGCCACUAACAUGAUUCUUUGUAUCUUGAGCAAACGGCUUUGGUUCACCUGUUCUGAGUAUAAUGUUACAGAACGUAAUUUGCUUGUUUUCUGUAUUAUAACAAAAAAGUAAGAACGGCUUUAAAAUCCUUUAACAAUAGCGUAACCCUUUGUAGUUUCCUCUCAUGACUACAACUCCUCAAGGACCUUAUGCCUCGAGAACCUAUGCAAGGAAGCAUAUCUGCCAAAAGAUGUAAAUCGAACAGAGCUUUCAAGCACUUCAAUCAUCGAUCAUUGGCUGCUUUCUUUUGUUGUAGCAAAGCAACCCUUGAAAUUUUGGCUGCUUUUAAUUCUGUGUCAACACUUUUCAAGCAUUAAGUAUUCUUUAUUGAGCCUGAAUUGUCCCUUCGUCUGUUAACGUGGUAAUUCUUCGCUCUUUUACAGAUCCAAGUCCUGAAGUUUUAAGCCAACUGCCAGUGUACUUCCGCGUAAAGCCAACUUUGCGGACACCGAGUGGACGAAGAUGUCGCAAGUCGCGCACGGUUUUCACAGAUCUGCAGCUCCGUGUUUUAGAGAAAACAUUCGCGGAGCAAAAGUAUUUAGACACGUCGAACCGCGCAAAGCUUGCGCAAACGUUGGGAUUGAACGAGACGCAAGUAAAGACAUGGUUUCAAAACAGAAGGAUGAAGUGGAAGAAGGAAUCAGUUCCAGCAAAUAACCAGGAAUCCUCAACAAGUAGAAACGAAGACUCAAAUGCACCAGGAGACGAAAAAUCCGAUGAAAUCGUCACAGAGACCGGAAAAGCCUCCAUGGACAAAAAGGUAGAAUGAACAGCAAAGACAAAACUUGGAAUUAAACUUUGUAAAUAUCCGCGAGAAAUAUCAAUUUCAAUUCUAUUAGAGUCAAGACGGACAACUAUGAUAUUGGAAUUUAAUAUGUUUCUUACCGAAACUCAUAACUAUGAAUUUAUCAAAAUUAAAAACCACGGAAGAAAGUCAAGGUAGCUGCUCACGCAGAAAUAUAAUUUUCCAAAACCAGGAACUUACAUGUAUAGCAUGGACAGUUUAUUUUGAAUGUACUUGUAACUAACUGAUGUAAAUAAUACCUUGUCCCGGUGUAAAAAUUUUGCAUGGUUCUAUUCUAUUUCGCGUCCGCCGCUUGUCUUUUCUCUUAAUUCUCAAUGAAAUAAUAUUAAGACAUGGGAAACAGGUAUUCCGAUCUUGACUGUUUCAAUUUUGACUUCAGCGAGGUCAAUACAGAGAUUAGAGAAGCUUGUGAGCAUAUUGUUGUAGAGUGGGAUUUAUUUAAGAGCGGUGAAGAGCAUCUUGGCCGCGAAGCUUUUCAUUAGAAAUGUUCCUUUGAUGAGAGGCGGUAGUAUGACUGACAGCCACGAUGCGUUAAUGGUGAAAAAAGGCACUAAUUGCUGCCUAUUCUACUCUCAGGAAGACAAUUAUAGUCAUUUGUCAUGAAAUGACAAUAAUAGUAAGCUUUUACGAAUUCACCUUUAAUUUCACGAUGAUAAAAGGGACAGGUCGAUUGCCGUCUUUGAAUGAACGAAGUGGUUAUGGUUGGUUGA